CUCAACCUCAGCACUCACCACAAAUGGAGUAACAAUAACUACCAGCACUGAUCAUUCCACAACAACAAUCAAUUCCCUGACAAAUACAGAAGAUAUAACCAGUUCACCCUCUACAUUCCCUCCAUUAACGACUCAUUUCACUCAAACAUCUCAUGAACAACAAACUGAAACAACACCAAAAAGUACCAGCACAAGUCAGCUUCCAUUAACUAGCCAGGAAACAUCUACAACAAUGAUGUCCUCACCCACAGAGCAACAAUCUACAUCUGCUACAAUGGUGACACCCACAGGAACAACCGACUUACCGGCCUCAACCUCAGCGCUCACCACAAAUGGAGUAACAAUAACUACCAACACUGAUCAUUCCACAACAACAAUCAAUUCCCUCACAAAUACGGAAGAUACAACCAGUUCACCCUCAACAUUCCCUCCAUUAACGACUCAUUUCACUCAAACAUCUCAUGAACAACAAACUGAAACAACACCAAAAAGUACCAGCACAAGUCAGCUUCCAUUAACUAGCCAGGAAACAUCUACAACAAUGAUGUCCUCACCCACAGAGCAACAAUCUACAUCUGCUACAAUGGUGACACCCACAGAAACAACAGAAAUAACAGCCUCAACCUCUACACUCACCACAAAUGGAGUAACAAUAACUACCAGCACUGAUCAUUCCACGACAACAAUCAAUUCCCUGACAAAUACGGAAGAUACAACCAGUUCACCCUCAACAUUCCCUCCAUUAACAACUCAUUUCACUCAAACAUCUCAUGAACAACAAACUGAAACAACACCAAAAAGUACCAGCACAAGUCAGCUUCCAUUAACUAGCCAGGAAACAUCUACAACAAUGAUGUCCUCACCCACAGAGCAACAAUCUACAUCUGCUACAAUGGUGACACCCACAGGAACAACCGACUUACUGGCCUCAACCUCAACAAAUACAGAAGAUAUAACCAAUUCACCCUCUACAUUCUCUCCAUUAACAACUCAUUUCACUCAAACAUCUCAUGAACAACUAACUGAAACAACACCAAAAGGUACCAGCACAAGUCAGCUUCCAUUAACUAGCCAGGAAACAUCUACAACAAUGAUGUCCUCACCCACAGAGCAACAAUCUACAUCUGCUACAAUGGUGACACCCACAGGAACAACCGACUUACCAGCCUCAACCUCAGCGCUCACCACAAAUGGAGUAACAAUAACUACCAACACUGAUCAUUCCACGACAACAAUCAAUUCCCUGACAAAUACAGAAGAUAUAACCAAUUCACCCUCUACAUUCUCUCCAUUAACAACUCAUUUCACUCAAACAUCUCAUGAACAACAAACUGAAACAACACCAAAAAGUACCAGCACAAGUCAGCUUCCAUUAACUAGCCAGGAAACAUCUACAACAAUGAUGUCCUCACCCACAGAGCAACAAUCUACAUCUGCUACAAUGGUGACACCCACAGAAACAACAGAAAUAACUGCCUCAACCUCAGCGCUCACCACAAAUGGAGUAACAAUAACUACCAACACUGAUCAUUCCACAACAACAAUCAAUUCCCUCACAAAUACGGAAGAUACAACCAGUUCACCCUCAACAUUCCCUCCAUUAACGACUCAUUUCACUCAAACAUCUCAUGAACAACAAACUGAAACAACACCAAAAAGUACCAGCACAAGUCAGCUUCCAUUAACUAGCCAGGAAACAUCUACAACAAUGAUUUCCUCACCCACAGAGCAACAAUCUACAUCUGCUACAAUGGUGACACCCACAGAAACAACAGAAAUAACAGCCUCAACCUCUACACUCACCACAAAUGGAGUAACAAUAACUACCAGCACUGAUCAUUCCACGACAACAAUCAAUUCCCUGACAAAUACAGAAGAUAUAACCAAUUCACCCUCUACAUUCUCUCCAUUAACAACUCAUUUCACUCAAACAUCUCAUGAACAACAAACUGAAACAACACCAAAAAGUACCAGCACUAGUCAGCUUCCAUUAACUAGCCAGGAAACAUCUACAACAAUGAUGUCCUCACCCACAGAGCAACAAUCUACAUCUGCUACAAUGGUGACACCCACAGGAACAACCGACUUACCGGCCUCAACCUCAGCGCUCACCACAAAUGGAGUAACAAUAAAUACCAACACUGAUCAUUCCACAACAACAAUCAAUUCCCUGACAAAUACGGAAGAUACAACCAGUUCACCCUCAACAUUCCCUCCAUUAACGACUCAUUUCACUCAAACAUCUCAUGAACAACAAACUGAAACAACACCAAAAAGUACCAGCACAAGUCAGCUUCCAUUAACUAGCCAGGAAACAUCUACAACAAUGAUUUCCUCACCCACAGAGCAACAAUCUACAUCUGCUACAAUGGUGACACCCACAGAAACAACAGAAAUAACAGCCUCAACCUCUAUGCUCACCACAAAUGGAGUAACAAUAAAUACCAGCACUGAUCAUUCCACAACAACAAUCAAUUCCCUGACAAAUACGGAAGAUACAACCAGUUCACCCUCUACAUUCUCUCCAAUAACAACUCAUUCCACUCAAACAUGUCAUGAACAACAAACUGAAACAACAUCAAAAAGUACCAGCACUAGUCAGCUUCCAUUAACUAGCCAGGAAACAUCUACAACAAUGAUGUCCUCACCCACAGAGCAACAAUCUACAUCUGCUACAAUGGUGACACCCACAGGAACAACCGACUUACCGGCCUCAACCUCAGCGCUCACCACAAAUGGAGUAACAAUAAAUACCAGCACUGAUCAUUCCACAACAACAAUCAAUUCCCUGACAAAUACGGAAGAUACAACCAGUUCACCCUCAACAUUCCCUCCAUUAACGACUCAUUUCACUCAAACAUCUCAUGAACAACAAACUGAAACAACAUCAAAAAGUACCAGCACAAGUCAGCUUCCAUUAACUAGCCAGGAAACAUCUACAACAAUUAUCUCCUCACCCACAGAGCAACAAUCUACAUCUGCUACAAUGGUGACACCCACAGGAACAACCGACUUACCGGCCUCAACCUCAGCGCUCACCACAAAUGGAGUAACAAUACCUACCAACACUGAUCAUUCCACAACAAUUAAUACCCUCACAAAUACCGAAUUUACAACCAGUCCUCCCACAACUUCAAAACACACAGCACAGACUGUGACAUCAACUUUCAGCUCCACAAUCACAACUAAUUUUGUGACACCAACUUUUACACCUACCUCUACUGUCAAUCCAAACUCAAAUACUACUGCUACAAUUCAUACACCUUCUACAGUGUCCUCCAACAUAACACCUUUGACGCAGCCUACUGCUGCACCCACAAGUGAAUCAACAUCAAAGGAAAUAUCAAGUAGCAGUCCACAAACAUCUUCCCUAACUACACCAACUUCAAAGGUUUUGACGUCAGCAGAAAUCAUCAGCACAAACACACUUACUACAGUUAGUCAUUCAACAUCUACUAUUACCCUCCUUUCAAAUGCCACCGUCACUUUGACAACAUCAUCUACAACUCCUCAGUGUAGAGAUAAGGACUGUCCUGGGUGUACUGGUACCUGUAUAUUCAACACGACACUUGGAGGAUGCAACUGCCUUUGUCAAGAUUUCGUCUUUGGAAAUGUUUGCACUCUUGGACAGAAUGACACCUCUGCUCAUAUUGAUACCGAAGAAAUACCAACUCGAAAGGCUAAUUUUACUUUGGCAUUAAACGUCACUUUUCAGGAUGCUUAUAACAAUUUAAGCUCACCUCAAUCAGUGGAAUUCAUCAAGACAUUAGAACGGGAGCUCGAAGUCCUAUGCAACGAAGCAGAUCCACAAAGCUUUAAGAAAGUACAAGUCAUCAAAUUGUCACCAGGAAGUGUUGUAGCAGAGAGCGCGGCAGAGUACGUCUAUGCAAACAAUGAAACUCAAAUCCAGUUUGUCAACACUCAGCUUGAUGGGGUGUUGACUGGUAUCUUGAAUGACAAAAGUAACCUCAAUAAGAUUUCUCAGGCCUUUCAUAAUGCAAGUGUGCAGUUAAAUGGACUCACCUUCCAGCCACCUGAGAUUAAAAAUAUCACAGACCUGAAGCCUUUUGUUAACUGCACUCAGUUUGCUAAUUACACUGCUGAGAUUAGUAAUGGUCAAUGGCAGUGUGUUGGACCGUGCAAAACAAACCCUGAUUACUGUCAUCAACAUGGAGAAUGUGACAAUAACAUUUACAAAGGGCCUGUCUGUAGAUGCUUCGAGUCUAGCCUGGAGCAGUUUUAUGGCCCACAGUGUGACCUCUUCCGUCGGGGUCCAGGUUUCUAUGGAGCACUGUUUGGAUCAUUGGCAGCAGCACUCAUGCUCUUGAUCGUCAUUGUCAUUGCUGUCACUGUCAAAAAGAAACAUAUGGGUGUUUGGAAAAGAAACAGCUCUUUUACCAGAAGACUGUCUGCUUUUGAGGAAGAUUUCUUUGACUUCUCUGAUGCAGGACAUCACAACUUUGGAAUUGCAGGCAAUUACAAAUCAGAGGGUUUUAGUCCAAGUCUACAAAAUGUUGACACUCAAUUGUCACAACAAAACAUCCAGAUGUUUUGAACAUCAACCCCUAGAUGAAGGCUACAGACUGGAAAAUGUUUCCGGCUUUGUAUUGCACAUGAAAUAAUAUACUAGUAAUUUGUUGUUAUAAUAUUUAUGAUUUUAUUUAUAUUAAUUGUAAUUCACUAUAGCAUAUGUGCCCUCAUAUAAAAAUGAACACCACACUACAGCCAUUUGUUAUUGCCAUAAUUUUUUGUUUUAAAUUUUGACCUCAUUUAAGGACUACACUAUGCUACAUUAAGAUGUUUUUAUAUUUUAUUUUAUUUAUUGUCAAUGAGAAAUGCUCCCCUGCAGUAUUGAGAAACCAAACAAACAUUUUAUUCUGUCCCUUCCUGAAACUCUUGCCUAGGGGUUAUUUCAGCACUACUGUCUUCAUCAUACAGGAACAUGCUGUAACCUCAUUAAGUAAAUUUUUGACCUGGUGGCUUUUGCUGCAAGCACUGUACAUCUACAUUUACUAAGAGUGCACAAAAUAAUUUAAAAAAUAUAGAAGAUUCAUUUAGAUGCAAUAGGAACCAGGAGUAGACCUACAGUAAGAAUUAAAUGAGAUUUAAAUAUUUAUAAGAUGGCUUAGAUGAGUGUAGUUUUUAUCAGUGUUGACAUGGGUUUGGAGCAAGUUGAUUUUGAAAUGUCGUGCUGUUUUUGGUAUCAUUCAACAAAAUGCACUUGCCAUAGCAAUAAAAGUGAUAAUUGAUCUAUAACACAAAAUCACAGUAACAUACAAUAAUCUAUAGCAUUCAUUCAAAUGCAUGGGGUGGAAACAAUUACAAACAUCUGUCCAAUUUUAAGUAAUCCAACACAUAGGCCAUGCAAUAUGCUACUUUGACUGUGGUGUUGUUUUUUUAAAGUCAGCAUCGAGGGUUUCUGUAUUUGUUUCCAUUAAUGUAAAUCAGGUUGGUUAUUCCCCAUAAGCCAAGGUAAUGGUUGCUUGUCAGCAAUCAGUCAGUACAAUAUCCUGUCACUAGAUGGCAUACCUUCACUCAUUUUAAAGAUGUUUUGCCUUUGCAAUAUGUGAAGAGAGAGGCACAGAGAAAAUGCUUCAGUGUUUACUCACCCUCAGCAGUGAUCAUCUCUGUCCUGUUGUAGAACUAGACUGUGUACUGUCAACAUCAGGUAACAAUAGCUUGAUUAGUACUGUUACAGUCCAAUGUUAUGGCCAAUCUUUUUUUUUACUGUGCCAUUGCCUUCAAAAUUCCUGCUGCUGGUCCACAACAACAAUACACAGUUCAUUGAUGUCUUUUCAUCUGAACAACUGAUGGCUAUUUGUGUCCAUCUAGUGACUGACUCAGAAGACACACUUGUGACCAAUUUCUUUACCUUCACUUGAUGUAGGUAAAAUUUUACCAGCAGCACUUCGGUUUAAGUUAAAUAUUUACAACUCUGUCCACCCCUCACAGCAAAAGUUACACCAAAACAGAAAGUUGCAAUGCAUACAAUGGAAUUAAUUAUGUCUUAUAUUUAAUUAUGUUAAUUAUUGUUUAUUUGGAAAGUGGGAUGAGAAUAAGAAUACAUCCCACAUAGAACAUACACACUCUACUUAUCUUGCCUCUUGAAAAUAUGGAAGAUUGCAGAUGUGCAUGUUCUUGCUAUAACCAAAGGUAUACUCAUAUAUAACAGAUAGGAACGAGCAUAACUUUCAGGAAUUAUUCCCAGAAUAGCAACUUUGGAUUCACUGUUAAGAAUAUUUUACUACACGAUUUAUGACAAGAUAAAUAUCAUUCUCUACAUUCUGUCAUUAUAUGUCAUCUUUCCCACAAUUUAAUUCUUAUUAUUUGUUAGGUAUUAUCAUGUGACACUGCCACAAUAGCCUGAUAUAAUUUUACUGUUAACUACCCUUUUCAUUCACAGUGAAGCACCAUACAUUGACUAAAAUUAUAUUUUAUGAGAAAAUAGUUUUUUAAAAUAGCAUAUAGUUCAAUUUAGAAUAAAACUGCAGAUAUUUUAUAGAUAGAUUAGAAAUGAGAUUUGGUGUGAAUUGCCUCAAACCUGGAAGAUUAUGUUGUUGAGUAUUUUAGAACAAAAUAUGUAGAAAUCUAACCUCAUGUGCAGAGGAAGCUGUACUGUUAAACCAAUUAGUGACUGUAAAUUUGCCUCCAUAGGCCUGUUUUACAGUGCAUUACUACUGAAGACAAAAGCUGUAUUUAACCAAUUCAUAUCUUACGUUUUUGUUGUGUGUAUAAAAGUAUAACAGUAACUGCUUGAUACUCAAUUUAUAUUUCUGGACUUUAGAGUUAGAUCCAUUAGUGUAAUAAUCAUUUAACAUUUGCUGUACCUCUUGUUCACACUGAACACUGAAACAGUAGGUUUAAAUACUAUGCUGCAUACAAAUGGAAAGAGAUUAAAAAAAAUAGGAAGUUACAUUCUCUUAUUUCACUUGAACAUUUUAAAAGGUUGUACUUGUGUAUUUGCAAUCAUACUUGUAAAUGCUUUUCUUAAUUGUGAAAAUGCAUAAUGUGUAUCUCUGAAUUAUCUGUGUGUCUGACUAUGCUUAAACUAUAUGUGUUUAUUUUUUGUACACAGGUCUCUCUUGAAAAGGAGAUCCCGAUCUCAAUUAGACUACCUGUUUAAAUAAAGGAUUAUUAAUAAUAAUAUCUGCA